CCGACAGCAAUUUUGACCACGGACUAGCUCUCCUUUGCCGUCCAGACUAGCCUGAUAUGGAUCCGCCAUGGGACUCGAUUCGCUCCUUCCACCCCUCUGCUGCAGAGCGGGGGGAGCCUUCUUGUCCUUCCUUCGCUGUACCGCUCCUUCAGUCGUCCCCCAACAGCCGCCUCCAGCAGCCAUACUUAUACCGCCACCAACUGCCGCCCUUCGCCCCUUAGAUUUCUUCUUCCUCAUCGUCUCCUCACGCAACCCCGCCUUCUUCUUCUUAUCCUCCUCCCCUUUAUCCUUCACGCCGCCUCCGCUCGUCGACCACUCCGCCCUAUCAGCAUGGCCAACGCUCCUCUAUUUCAGUCUGCGCCUCAAAGACGGAGGACAGUCGGGCCCCAUUGGAGCUCAGUCCAGCCGCAUGCUAUCAGUACCACGACUGCUACCUCUGCACCCAGUCCGAGUGAUCUCCCUCAUGGUGCGAUUGCACUGAUGCAGCAGGGUGUGCACUCCUCCUUCCUGAAUGCCAUCUCCCGACCAGACCUCAAUCCCGACUACAGCAACCCUAUUAAACCAGCCGCAACUGCAGCUGCUCUCAACAACAGUAACACUAAUGCUGUCUCAGCCUCGGUACAACAAGAACAUGUAUCGCCUAAACAUGUCUCCUCUGAACACUAUCGGCUGAACCUCCGGCAGCAACACCCUACAGCGCAAGACUUGCCCAUCGCAGUGUCAACGUCCAUAGGCAACCAUCAAGGGACGUCUCCAUUUCUACUCACAGAGCACCAACGCCAACAGCAGUUGUAUAUGCAGCAAUUGGAGUUGAUGCAGCGGUUACAUACCAUACCAGGAAGUACCGCACGUCCAUGGUACCCAACUUUCGGCCCAGCUCACACCACCACCUGCAGUGACAGCACCAUCCUUCUGCUCAACAGCCCACAGCGAUUUAAUCAGACCAGCCAUGCAAAGCUCAACAAGCAAUCCGUAGGACCCCAUUGGCGAUCCGUCCACUCAGCCUCAGCCUCGCCAAUGUCUUCACCACCGCCGUCCUCACCUCAGUUCCCUUCUCUCUCCUUGACUGCCAAAGCCGUCUCUGGAAACGACUACGAAGAAUACGGCCUUGAUCGCACGGCUGUCAUGAUGUCUUUAGGAACAACAGGUAGUGAGACGACCAGCGCGCCUUCAUCUCCGUCAUCUCCUUGUGGAUCUUCCUUAGGAUCCUCACCCGUAAGCAUAAUUUCCACUACGGGCGCAUCGCCUGAUAUGGACUAUUCAAGGAGAAUAUUUGCGCAAACACAACAUUCGUUGGAUCAGCAGUACUCGUUGCAGUACACCGGCAUUCGGCAGGAUCUUCGUGCCUCUCUAAAGGUCGAAGCGGAAAAUUUGAUGGAGGAGAUCCCAGGCACAACUAACAGUCCAAUCCAGCUGAGAGGAUCAUCUUAUAGUCAAAGUACAAAACGCAAAGCAACAUGGCAGGAUGACGAGUCCCUGGAACAUUCUGACCCACCGAUUUCGACAUCUUCUUUUCUCAAUGAAUUUGCCCCUGACGGAUCGGGCAAGUCGAUGUCUUUGAUGCAGCAAUCUACCCGGAAUACUAUUUUGGGUGAUCACAAUGGCUCAUUUGAACACCACUACAGCACAGCAAAUUUUACAGAGCUGGAUUACAGACCGCAGGACGACACAGAACCCAUGAUAUUGACACCUGCAGACAGUACCUAUGGUCAAAUGAGUGUCGAUGUUAGUGCCGCCAACAGUGUACAGGAUUUUGGCGACGAUGAUGUGGACGAGGGUGCGUUUAUGAGGAGCAACCUAUCUUUACCGAAGAGAUCGAGGUCCCGGCUGGACACGCAGGCGAUCCAUGCGGGAGGGCUCUCAGAGAUUGAAGUCCGACGACAGGAGUCGGGUCAACGAACCCUGGAUAUCUUUCAACAGUGCUUUUACAAUGCCGCGGCAGCGUCGUGGUGAGGCAGCAACAAUAGUGUACAUCUAAUUAUCUCAUGUAAUAUAGCAUCUUUAAUAAUAAACUGUGCGAGCU